AUGCGACCAGCGCACUCGGACCCCUGUCUCUUCGAACCACACCUCCGACCGGACGGCGGGCAGGGUUCCACCGUGACUGGCGAUUGUCACAUACAAGUAAUAAAUUGUCGGGUGUGGUUCCAGAACCGGCGGGCGAAGUGGCGGAAGACGGAGAAGUGUUGGGGCCGAUCCACAAUAAUGGCGGAGUACGGCCUAUACGGCGCGAUGGUGCGCCACUCGCUGCCACUGCCGGAGACGAUACUGAAGAGCGCCAAGGAGAAUGACUCCGUCGCGCCCUGGCUACUCGAGAUAUCUGACCUGAUGAUUUUGUUCAAGAGUCGAGCGCGAUGGGGGAGGCAGGGCGCCCCUAGCGGCGACCCCCCACCCGCCCGCCACCGCGAGACGACAUUUGACACUCCAGCCGGUGGAGUGUCGCCGACGACGCCGCCCAGCGUCAGUCAGACACAUCAAAGCACCGACAAAUGGACCGUAAUGGAUCGUGAGGGCAUCUCACGGAAUUAUCUGCCUAUUACGCACUCGCUUUGUGCAAUCCGCUUUCAUCUCGCCGAG